AAGACCAUAUCACGUGUCCAUAUGUCGAGAACUGCAACAAUAAGUGAUUUGUCUCAACUCCCACCAAAUAUCCAUGCACGUGCUUCACAGAAAGGGGGCGUGGCCUGACAACGCUUGUAUAUUUCAAAUUGAUCGAUCAAACGCUUUGCAUAAUGAAUGAAUGAGAAGAGCCGCGAUAUCGAAGAUUGCUAUUUGUGACAUACCAGUUGCUGUGAACUGACACAACGGGCGGACAGGAACAGGAAGGAAAACUACCAACAUAUUGUACACUUGAGGCGGCCUGGGGUCGGCUACAGACAGCCAGACAUGCCUCCACCACCACCACCGUUGCCGCGGCAUGGGUAUCGUAAACUCAACGUCGACAUGGCCCUGGUUCCAGCGAGCCGACACAGCGUGUUCGUGAGAGGUUUACCCAGAAACGCAUCGCCAGAUAAUGUAAGAGAUAUGUUUGCUGGUGAGUGUGGGCAUUGCUCGAUUGUGAUUCACAAAGUGCGUCCCAAUGGCAUAUUCCUUGUGUUACGCUUUGAAAAGACGGAGGAGGCUGAACAAGCAAUAAACAAGUUUGACGGCUGCAAGUACAAGGGCCAGCAUCACUUGCGAGUAGACUGGUACAAGGAUAUACUCAAGUACCACCUGGAGCAGAAGAAGAAGCAGUAUCCUGAUAGUCUGUUUGGAGCUCGCGCUGUCAGUCGGGCCAAACGAUGGCAGUGGCAGUUCAGACCCCUGUCAAAUAAAACUGGAGGCAGAAUACAGCGGCCAUUUAACAGGACAAAUGACUGGCAAAGAAACAGAUUCUACAACAAGUCUUCUAAUGCUUGUACCUCUUACAAGAACUCACAGGAAAGAUUUGACAAUACAUCUUGGGAGAGAUCUCGAGAAAGUUCAUCUGAUGAUUCAAGUGAUACAUCCCAGGGCAGAUCCAGUGAUCGGUCUCGUGAGAGGUCAAGAGAGAGAUCACAGGAUGGACUGAGAGAGAGAUCACAGGAUGGACUGAGAGAGAGAUCACAGGAUGGACUGAGUGGGCGGUCACAGGAUGGACUGAGAGAGAGAUCACAGGAUGGACUGAGAGAGAGAUCACAGGAUGGACUGAGAGAGAGAUCACAGGAUGGACUGAGGGAGAGAUCACAGGAUGGACUGAGUGGGCGGUCACAGGUUGGACUGAGAGAGAGGUCACAGGAUGGAUCCAGUGAUCGGUCUCGUGAGAGGUCAAGAGAGAGAUCACAGGAUAGAUCCAGGGAGAGGUUGCAGGAUAGAUUGAGAGAGAGAUCACAUGAUGGAUUGAAAGAGAGGUCACAUGAUAGAUCAAGAGAGAAGUCACAUUAUGGAUCCAGGGGAAGGUCGCAGGAUAGAUUAAGAGAGAGGUCACAGGAUGGAUCCAGAGAGAAGUUGCUGGAUGGAUCUCGAGAAAGAUCUUCAGAAAGAUCUCGUGAAAGGUUUUCAGAAGGAUCUCGUGAUCAGCAUGGCACAUCAUAUGAUAGGAAGCUCAUGAAAGCACAGGAAAAACCAUGUGAUGUUCAAAGGGAUGUGCUGCAUUCUGAUUCCACAGAAAGGUCGGGAGAAAGGCCAAGUCCUUCAUCAGAAGAUACGUACAAUGACAGACUAGGGGCAAGAGAAAAGACAUCAGACAGGCCCGAUAUAGGUUCAAUGAAGACACAACCAUGUGACCCCCAAACCCCCACAAGAAGUAGGUCAAGGUCAAUGGAGCUCAACCCUGGUCUACAGACUCAGUCUGAGCAAAGAUCAAGAUUUACAAAAUCAGGAGCUCACCCACAGCAUGAGAAACAGGAAGAAGCACCAAAGAAAGUGCCAUCAUCAGAGAAUGUCAAUAAACAUGGAACCAAGACAUCAACAUCGGCAUCCAAUCAAGACAUUGCAAUGGAUGACCUAGACUCACCAUGGUCACCACCAUCGCCAACGUCUGAGGACUCGGAGUUGGAACUGGCACUGGAGCCUUCCCUGAAACCAGCAAACGACCUUGAACCUGGAGAGCUAGCGAGUGGUAGUUCCCCUGAUGAUAUUGAAGACUGGUAUGGCCCAAUGCCACCAAAGAAAGUUCCUUCUAACCUGUCUGCUUCACAUAAAUCUACAGGGGUCAAAUGUCCUCAGUCAGGGGACAUAGGGAUAUCAGAACAACAAUCAAAAGAUGAACCAAAUCUAACCAAGCCAAAAGAUCUGCCCCAGGAGUCCCCCUCUAAGACCAGCACAUAUAAUUCUUACAGAGGUUGCUGGAUAGAAGUUGGAAAAAUAUCCAAAAAAGGGCCCAAAAGCAUGACACCUCAGUAUCGUAAAUUUAUGAUGGGCAAGCAUACAAAAUGUUUAAAAAGUGAAAUAUCCGAUAAAGAGCAAGAUUCAGGGAUAAAUUCAAGUCCAGAUAAAAAGGUGAAAGUAGAUAAAACUGACAGGAAGUCGACCAAUGAUUCUGAAAAAUGUGCUGGCCUGAAGUCAUCUGAUGACGUAAGGAUGCGGAGGCUGGAGGAGGCGUGCACUAUGUCCCUCCAUACUGUCCCCAAACACGGCUUCACCAGAGAGAUCCUUGAACCCCGGGGUCCUGGAACUGGUACUCCAAAUGUCAAACCACAUCAGAUGUCCGACAAGAAGUCCGUCCGCAGCCUGGAAAGAAAUCGAGCUGAGGAGACCCUCCAGCUUGACACGGAGUCCAAGCUGAAAUCUCCAAAGAAAACCCCGAAAAAAAAUCCAUUGUAUAUCAACCCUGAAGAAGACACCCCCACCAAGGAUGAGCAUGUCGAUGCUGGUAUUGAGGGGGACUCUGCAUCUGGUUCAAGGCCCUUCUUCCUGAGGUUCACUCCUCAUCGCCUCAGCUAUCAGUCUCCUCUAGCUGUGUUCACCAGUAUGGAAGAGUCCCGAAUUGCUGCUGACUCUAUUCCAAGCAAGAAAAAGAUGUAUCUGCCAUCAGAAGACAUCCCAGCUGCUGUUGUGUCCAAACUGACCGGGAUGAAGAGACUGGCAGAGAGGAGCUCUUCAAAAAUACCUUUGGAGGAUAGAAAUGACCUUGACUUUAUUGAUUCUGAGCUUGAGAAAUCAUAUGAUGAAAAAUGUCCAGACUCAGAUUCAAGGACAAAGAAGGUGACACCCCUUGUGCCAUAUCCAGUAGGUGACAACUCCUAUACCCAAAGUGUGUCAGAAUGUAGUAAUCUGAACCUAGAUCCAGACGAUGAUCCCAGGAGGCGACAUGGAUCUGGGGGCCACAUGACUGUUCAUAGGGAUGGCAGCCGGAGCAGGUCGUUGACAAAGAUGAGAGACAGCAGCAGUUUCUCCACUGACCAAUCUUCUUCCAGCAGGAUGACCGACAAAAGCACCACUUCAGACACCACAAUGGAGACUAGUGAUUCAAGCUUCAAUUCUCCAACCAAACUUCUAAGACAUGGCAAACAUCAUAAGGGCCGCCAUCUAUAUUCUAGUAAGAGAAAACUAUCUUCAUCUCCAAACAGAAGUAGUCUGACGGAAACAUCAGAAUCACAAUCAGUUUCUUCGAACAACAGGUCAAAAUCUACAAAAAAGUCAAGGUCAAGGUCAAGGUCUAUGUCUCCAAGAACAGGCUCCAGAUCUCCAUCACCAAGUGCAUCAUUGUCGCCUAGAAGAAUUAAAAGAAAUCUUCAAAGGUCAAGGUCUUCAUCUCGGUCUUCAUCACCUGGAAAAAGAUCUCCCCUGAGAUCACGAUCCACAUCACCUACCUACCUUCUACCUUUUCCUGCUGCAUCAAGGAAAAGGGUACGAUCACCAAGUAGGCCACCAAACAGGUCUAGGUCUUCAUCACCGAGCAAUAGAUCUGCAUCUCUGAACAAACGGAAAAGAUGCAGGUCUCCUAGACGAUCCAGGUCAAGGUCACUAACCCCUGUCUACCCAUCACAAACCCCUGACUACACAUCGGUCUCGUCUGGCAAUCACUCGAGGUCUCCUAACAACAGCCAAAGACUAGAAGAUGGGGAGGCCCCAUCUCAAACCAGUCAGACAUUGAACCGUAGGAAAAGUAUUCUCACCUCAACACCCAAGUCUGUACCUCGGCAGAGGAAGGCCUUGUCUCAUGGACAGAUGCAGAGGGUUCAGCAAAAGAAACAAGAACUAGAGGCGGCUUUCAAGAGUGAUUGUGAGACCAUCUGUAACGUGACCAAGGUCCUGCUGAGUAAGGAUCCUAGUCUUGAAAAACAGCUGUGCAACAGUGCGAAGGACACACUGACAGACCUUGGUGCCAAGUUCGUCAACCAACUCCAAGAGUUCAUCGAUGCACUAAGCUCCCAUGUUCCAAGGUCAAGACUGAAGGUCCUUUAGCAUGGCUGAGAUGUCCAGAUGGAGCUGCCCUGACAACUGACAAUCUGACUACUACCCAGACAACCUUACUUAUUGAUAAUCAUGACCACAGAUGGAUGAUUAUCAAACUGUAAUAUUUUGUUUUUAUUGUUUAUGGUUAUGGUUUUUGGCACCACAAUUUGCAUUUGACAAAGAAGAGGGAAUUAAAUGCUUGUGCUUGAAGUGAAAUUAAAACUGGCAAAAUCUGUCUUUUAGCGACUAGAGGGCUAUGAAGUAUGUGCGUGUGAGAGGAUAUUGAUAAAUUAUUAGAUUUUUUAAAGGGGCUGAGUGUGCUUGAAGGAUGUGUGUGCUUGUAGGAUGUAUGCUUAAAGGAUGUGUGUGCUUGAAGGAUGUGUAUGCUUGAAGGAUGUGUGUGCUUGAAGGAUGUGUGUGCUUGUAGAAUGUAUGCUUGAAGGAUGUAUGCUUGAAGGAUGUGUGCUUGAAGGAUGUGUGUGCUUGAAGGACUUGUGUGCUUGAAGGACGUGUGUGCUUGAAGGAUGUGUGUGCUUGAAGGACGUGUGUGCUUGAAGGAUAUGUGUGCUUGAAGGAUGUGUGUGCUUGAAGGAUGUCUGCUUGAAGGAUGUGUGUGCUUGUAGGAUGUAUGCUUGAAGGAUGUGUGCUUGAAGGAUGUGUGUGCUUGAAGGAUGUGUGUGCUUGAAGGAUGCAUGUGUGCAUAGGAAGGGAGUACUUCAAGAAAAUUAUGUACACAUAUUUUUACCUGUAAUGGCACAGUGGGUGGUGUGUAUGUUUACCUGUAAUUGCCCGAUAGAUGGUUUGUAUGUCUACCUGUAAGGACCCAGUGGGUGGUGCAUAUGUUUACCUGUAAUUGCCCGAUGGAUGGUUUGUAUGUUUACCUGUAAGGACCCAGUGGGUGGUGCAUAUGUUUACCUGUAAUUGCCCGAUGGAUGGUGUGCAUGUUUACCUGUAAGGACCCAGUGGUAGGUGCAUAUUUGCCUGUUCAGCAGAAUACCCAGGUUUGAUGCUAACAUAAUCAAACCAAUGACACCUGUUUUUCAUGCCUCCUGCAGGAGUGCUGGAUGCAUGUGUAUUGUGGUACAGUAAUUUAUGUUGAAGUUUCCGAAGUUUGACCACAUGUGUCCAGGGCUGUUCUUAGUGUUGUAUGCACUGGUGUGCGGUCUUUACGAAGUACUGACUUCUUUAUCAACUGUUUUAUCAGUGUUUUAUCUUUGCAUUUAUUUUGCCUGAUUGUUGGUGCAACAUGGAUUUUUAAAUGUAAAUAUGUUUUGUUCUUCUAACUUACUGUUUUACUGCUGUAAUUCAAUCAAAUGCAUAAUCGGUGUGAACAGAAGUGUUUACUGUUAACAAUAUUUCUCAAAAGUGCUAUUUUUGUAAGAAUGUAAAAGGAUAUAUUAUCACUGCUGCCUAUGAUGUUAUGGUUCUUAUUAUCCCACGCCACAACUGAUAUGAGAUAUGGAAGCUUUGUCCGUCCAUUCCUUAGACCAGAUAUUAAUUAUUUCCUUUGUGUUCUGCUCUGUAGAUGAGUACAAACCAAAAAAGACAAUUCAGAUUAUUUUUGCAAAUCAAAUAAAAAAAAUCAAAGAUGAUCAAGAAGAGAAAAGUACAUGUAACGAUUUUGUGAAUCAAAAACCAUUUAGUUUAUGACCUCUAUGUCUUUCUUAUUUUCCAAACAUUUUAUUAGCUCACCUGACUGAUGAAGGGUAGUAAAAAUGUUUCUCCGAGUCUGGAGGUGUUCAGGACAAAGCAAUGAUGGUGCUGGUUUUGUUCUUGUAUAUAUAAUGCAAUCACUAUUCUUGUUGCUGAAACUGUUUUUCAGAUACUGUUGACUAAAAUAUACUCAUACUAAUUAUGGAUAUUUAUCACCAUUAGGAAGUUUAGCAUCUUUAAUUUGGUAAAAAGGUGUCAAAAUUGAAAGUUCAUCUUUUGUACCCGUAAACCUUUUGCAAUCAAAGCGCAAAAAUACUGUAUUUUCUGCUUCGUUCUGUGAUCACGUGGCAAUGGACACGCUAAAGAUUAAAAUGUUUACUGUCAAACUCUACAUUCCCUAAUUACAAGCUGAUUACUGACAGAAUGGGGGUCAAGCAGCGUUCAGGUUGGGAAUGUUUAUGUCAAAAAGUUCUUACACAAAGUAAGAAGAAUUGAGUGUUUUAUUUGUAAAAGUAAAAUGUUUUAUGCAUAUUUUUUAAAUACAUAAAUCUUCAAAAGAAAUGUGUUUUUAAGAUGGUGUAUGUUUUGCUGUAUAAAAGUAUGAAAACAGUCGACAAGUUUUACUUUUAAUUUGUACAUUAUCUUUUUGAUUUAUUUUUAUUUUAUUUUACCAAACCAGAGCAUUCUGUGACUAAUUUUAGACCAAAACUACACAGAUUAUAAUGCAAGUCAUGAGUGAUAGAAAAGAUACCAGAUAACUGGGAUGAUUCUCAUUUCACUAUGGCUGUCUCUGUGUGCUGCAGGAGAGCGUCAAUCUCAUUAAAAUCAGACCUUAGUUCUCGCUGCCGCUAAACAAAGAUCCUUUGUUUAGCGGUAGCGAGAACUAAGGUCUGAUUUUAAUGAGAUUGAUGAGAGAGUAUUCUAGUGUUUGGGUUCUGUGUUAGUUCCUUGGCUUUGUAAUGUGCCAUGAUUCUUUCUUACUGCAAUGAAACCUCUUUAACUGGACAGGAUUGAGUCUAUACAAAACAACAUUCAGCUAUCCAUAGUUCCAAGGCAAGAAGGGUAUUGAAAUCAAAGCCAAUAGGUUUCAAGUGGGUAUUAAAUUUCCUUUGGACUUAUGUUUUUUUAUAAAAAAUUAAAAUUACUUUUGACCAAAAGCAACUUAGACAACUCCAAUUACGGGAAAUGGAAAAGAACAUGAGAUUUCAUCACCGCAUUCUGUAAGAUAUGGUAAAUAAUCAGUAUACAAAUCUUUAUUCAAAAAAUAAACAAAAACAAUCAACUAUCUUUCUGUAUCUUGCCAUGUUAAAACUUUCUUUCUAUUCAUUAGUUGAAGUACUAACCUGGAUGUUUACAUUUGAAAAAAAAAUUUUAAAAAAAUUUGACCACCUACAUGGAAUUUUAGGCCAAAACCAACAAAAUACAUGUAUAAGGUUUCAGUGUCUUUCAGUUACUCAGUGUUACAUAGACUUCUCCAUCUCUGGCAAGUCAUGCCAAAUAACCAGGUGUUUCAACACUGUCUCAAGCAUGGAAGCAUCCAUUUGAUUUUCCGGUUGAGGGCUGUGAUUUUUUUCUACAAAAAUAAUCAAGCCAGUUUUACUGAAAUUUUUUUACAAUUGCCCAACAUUGUAGGAAAAAUAAUAAUAUGCCCUUUUGUUGCUGACAAGUGUCCUAAGAACACAGUUAAAUAUAUUUGGGUUUUUUAUUUUAAAAAUUAAUUGAGCCCCUCACUCACUCAGAUAACGAUGUUUUAUUGUGAUUCCGCUUAUAGGCUUUCCUACAUUCAAUUUGAUGGCACUGUUUUAUUUUAAUCACAGAUAUUUCUCAAAAUAUAUUUUAUGCAUUCAUAGCUUUCUGUAAAUGAAUUAGAUGCUUUUGAUGGAAUGGGUUCUUAAUUUAUUCGUAGGAUCAAUCACUUUAUUCCCAAACAAACUGUCAAAAUGAAACUUCUUUCCUGCGCCUAUAUAUUAAUUUUCAAGUGUUAAACCAGCAUAAUGAUGUCAUGCUAUUGUUGCAAUCUCAUUAAAAUAAGAUCUAAGUUCUCGCUGCCGCUAGCAAUAGCGAGAACUAAGAUCUGAUUUUAAUGAGAUUGGCUAUUGUCGUUGCAGUUGAUUCUGAGCCAGGAAUUCACUGGACAUUCUGAACCGUUGUUUCAACAAAUAAAACUGCAAAUAUUGGUCAAUAGGCACAAUUAUAGAGAAGUUAUCUAUCAGCCAUAAAAUUGUUUAGAGUCUAGAGAAAUCAUUCUAAUCUGUUGAUUCCACAUUCGCCCUUCACAGCUCAUUUAUCCUACAGAAUCAAGUGCUACAGUAGAACUUGUCAGCCUUUCUGUGACCUGUAACAAUGUAUUUAAAACUGUAUAUCCAGACCAAUCAACUGAAGAUGCCCAGUCAAAUGUGUUGUUAAACAAUGUUAUUUUUACAAAGGGCAAUAAAUAAUGUUAUGCAUGA